AUCUUCAUGAGCAGAUCUGAAGACCAGCAGGAUGUGAACAGGCACUCUUACGGCUGGGGUUGAAAGAUCUGGAUUUUCUCUUCACAUAGUCACUGUUUCUGUGACUUGCUCUACCGGAGUAUGGGCUAAAAUCAAUUUCUAGCACCUUAGCGUUAUACACUUGGAACCACCACAGUCUCACCUGUGCAGAGGUAAACACCCUACAGACAAACACUUUGGCCUGGAGUACUCAUUUCUGCUAGAAAACAACAUCUUCAGUUGUGGGGGGUGAGGCUCGACACCAUGCAGGGGCCUCGGAGGAAGGUUAAGGUCAUGGUGACGAUGACAAUGGUGUUUAUCUUCAUAGUGGUAGAAGUCUCUCGUAAUGCUGGAAAGGGAGAUGGCAACAAGAAUAAGCUGCUGAUUCCCUCAAAGCGUUUCUGGGCAAAAGAUGCUCCCAGUGAUGCCUUCUGGAAUCGCCAGCAACAACAGCUCAACUACAUAAACAACCGCAAUCUAGAAUAUCUCAACUCAACAAUUAAGAAAGUUCCAGACUGGUUCAACGACACAGUCAGUCUUGACACCUGUGAGCCAGACUUCAGGGUUACCACGCAAAUUAAGGAUUACAAUUCUCUUCCAGACCGCUUCAAAGACUUCUUGCUAUAUAUGCGUUGCAGGUCGUAUCCCAUCGUGGUGGACCAGCCGAACAUCUGCAAAGACCAACCUUUCCUCCUCCUAGCUAUUAAAUCUUUAGUUCCGCACUUUGAUCGACGUCAGGCGAUCCGUGAGUCAUGGGGCAAAGCUGGUCGCCUUGCGAACAAAACAGUUGUUACAUUGUUUCUUCUUGGUAAUGCAGCCACGGAGGACUACUUCCCUGAUCUUUCACAGAUGUUCAAUCUUGAGUGCUCCAUGCAUGGGGAUAUUAUUCAGUGGGACUUCAGGGACACAUUCUUCAACCUUACCAUCAAGGAAGUCCUUUUCCUGGAGUGGCUGACGACUCGUUGUUCUGAAGCUAGUUACAUCUUCAAGGGUGAUGACGAUGUUUUUGUCAACACUGUUCGCAUCAUUGACUUCCUCAGCAAUCUCUCCCAUGCUAAAGCCAAGGAACUGUUUGUAGGGGAUGUGAUUACCAAUGCUGGCCCACACAGGAACAAGAAGGUCAAGUAUUUCAUCCCUGAGAGCGUGUACAUUGGAGCAUACCCUGCAUAUGCAGGUGGAGGUGGUUACCUGUUCUCGGGACAGCUGGCCAAAAAAAUUUAUAAUGCCUCGAAGCAGGUGGCCCUCUACCCCAUUGAUGAUGUCUACACUGGUAUGUGCCUUAUGAAACUGGGCCUUGCGCCUGAGAAACACAAAGGCUUCAGGACCUUUGAUAUCGAGGAUAAAUACCGUGAUAAUGCCUGUGCCUACAACAGCUUGAUGCUGGUCCACCCCAGAAGUCCUCAGCAUAUGAUCAAAAUCUGGGCCUGGCUGAAUGACCCAGCCUUGAACUGUCAGUGAGCUCUCAGGAUUGCUGAUUGAGGUUUCGGCAGCUUAAAUAUUUUUAUCACUGUUCUGUUGUGAUUUAUCAUUAUUGUCAUUAUGUACAUGCAAACCUCAUGGUAAAACAUUUCAUGGUAAGGGUCAAGAGCAACAAAGAGCUGUUCAGAUAUACUAUCUAUCUAUAUAUAUAUAUAUAUAUAUAUAUAUAUAUAUUAUUUGUUAAAUGUGGCUCAAUUUCUGCCUACAUAGUAUUGCAAUGACUUGACAUAUUCUGCUAGUAAUGUUACAAGUAUUUAUAUUGUGCUUUUUUGACAACACUGGUAGUGAAGAUGCUGGAGAGAAUUUGAUGGGUAAUGCAGUUCAGCUGGUCUGAACAAGACACAAUGAAAAAAGACAGCUCACAUAUUAAUGAGCUUAGCUGUAUGUCUCUAUCAUUUUAAGAUAUUGUUUCUGUUUUUUCCUAGGGUCCAUUUGACAUUGUAAGUUAACAGUUUGAUUAAUGUUGUAUUAUGCUGUAGCUCUUUUGUGCUGAAACAAACUUCAAAGGGAGAGUUCACCCAAAAAUUCACUCAUAAUUUACUCAUCAUCAUGGCAUCCCAGAUGAGUAUGACUUUCUUCCUUCUGCUAUCACAAACAUUUUUAGAAGAAUAUCUCAGCUCUAUAGGUCCAUACAAUGCAUUUGAAUGGGUACCAAAACUUAGAAGCUCCAAAAGCACAAAGGCAGCAUAAAAGUAAACCAUAAAUCUCCAGUGGUUCUAUCGAUAUCUUCAGAAGCGAUAUAAGUUUGGGUGAGAAACAGUUCAAUAUUUAAGUCAUUUUUUACUAUCCAUCUCCACUUUCUCAUUCUUCUUGUGUUUUUAGCGCUCUGAGUUCUUCAUGCAUAUCACCACCUACUGGGCAGGGAAGAGAAGUUAUAGUAAAAAAGGACUUCAAUAUUGAUUUGUCUUGUAUCGAUUCUGAAUAUAUGAAUUUAACCAAUGGAGUCGUAUGAAUUACUUUUAUGCUGCCUUUUAUAUGCUUUUUGUACAUUUCACCAUUCACUUGCAUUGUGAGGACCUACAGAGCUGAAAUAUUCUUACAAAAAUCUUUGCUUGUGUUUAGCAGAAGAAAGUCAUACACAUCUGGCAUGGGAAUGUAGUGUUUGGUUUUUUGUAUUGUGUACCAUCUUGCUGCUUCAUGCACAACGAGUCUGAAAAUAGAGACAUUAAUAAUGUUAAUAUUAACAGAGUGCACAUUCCGAUUUCAUUGAGAGAGAGAGAUCAUUUUAGAGCUGUGUUUGUGGGAACAAAACUGAAUGAUUAAAAUUGGUUACCUACCAAACCUCUGCAUAUGUUCUUAAAUGAACAGUUCUCCUGAAAAAUUACAAUUCUGUCAUUUACUCACCCUUAUGCAACAAAAAAAGGAGAUGGGCAGUAUGUAAGUCUCAGUCACCAUUCAUUUUCAUUUCUUUUUUUAACUAUAAAAUGAAAGUGAAUGGUGACCGAAGCUAACAUUCUGUUUAAUAUCUCCUUUUUUGUUCCAAGACAGUCUAAUGGGUUUGAAACAACAUGAGGGUGAGUCAAUGUUCCAUUGAAAUCAUUCAUUUUGCAAAGUAGACAAUCAAAUGCAAGUACAAAUCCUGUUGUUAUAAUAACAGAUUAGCCAAUUCUAGUCCUUGCUGUAUAUUACUUAAGUCAUAGAAAUGCACACACCACUGAAGUGUUACAUUCUGCUGUAGCAUUUCUUUAUAUACAAAAUCAUGCACUCAUCCAAAUAUUGCUUAUAAUUUUACUGAAAAGGCUGACUAAUGAUCUCUUUAUUUGAAUCCUUUGUAAAAUACUUGACCUUCUCAGGAUGUGUCCUCUGGCAAAAGUAAGUCCAAAAAUCGCUUGUAAAUAAAUAAUAUAAAAGUUGUGAUAGAAAAUUACAAAGUGGUAGGUUUGUUUGGUUGCAUUUUCGAUUUUAAAUCAAGGAAUACUGUAAUUUUUGACUAAACAAAUUAAACCAGCAUGCGGCUCACAAAAGCCAAUUUUCCAACCCCAGAUUAAGCCUGUUGCUCUUUUGAUCACUGUGUUGCUGUUUUUUUCCCCCUCCCAUAAAAGAAGGCAGGAACAGUUUCUGAGGUGGCUUAUUUGAUUACUGAUUUCAAUAGAAUGGCUACAAAUGUGUGACAGUUAGUGGCCCCUGCUGGUCGGUAAGGAUAUGUUUUUCUUCUUCUUUAUUUUUUUUUAAUUUUUAUAUAUAUAUAUAUAAUUUAUUUGAAGAAAAACUGAAAAUGCUGGCACUGAAACCAUGCUAUUGCCCACCAGGUUUCAUCCUGAUGGAAUAUAUAAAUGGCAUGUAUAGGCAGCCAGUCAACUAGUUGUUAAAGCUUAUUUUUCUGUUCUUGUUUUUUGUUAUUUUGGUUGGGGUAUUCAUCAUCACAGCUGUGAUACUAAAAAGUGGCCUGGUUAUCAUGAUUAGAUCCAUAAGGGCUGUAUCCAUCCAGUCUACAACUACUGUUAUCUGCUAAUUUUAGGUCUGCCUCAUUUAUUGUUCGCUGAAUAGGUAAAUCAAGCUUGCGUCAUAGUUGCGCCAACUGUUUUUAUUUUUAAGUUAUUCAGUCAUCUAUGAGGAAUGAGGGCCAUAAGGAUGUUUUAUUUCGCCUCUCAGCUGAUGGUAAAGCACAACAUGUAAUGGCCUAAUCUAGUGUUUAAUGAGAGAGACAAAGUGUUUACAUGUAUUCAAAAAUGGUCAAAAAGCUUAUAUUUAUAAACUACUAUUUUAUGACAUUCUAGGUUGUUCACAAUGAUCUAUUAGUACACGAUUUUAUACACUGGUAUUUAUUACACAAUCUCUUCAGCUUUCAGAGGUUUCAGAACUCUGUAAAAUCUGUAUUUGCUGCAUGUGAUUCUCUUCUAUGGCCAUUGUAUGAUGGAUUAUACUUGCAUCUUUGCAUAACACUGCAGACAAUCCAACAAAAUGAACUCCUGUUCGGCAUCAUGCUUUUCACAACUGUAAUAUGUGUGUACCAAAGCCUGUUAAAAAGUAAUUUCUUCUUUUUUUUCUUUUUUUUUUUUGGUGCUGCGUUGUGAUAAUUGGGUCCAUAUGUCAAUCACGUUAAGAUAUCUGAAUGUAAAAAUUAUUUGAUGCGCUAGUUUAAUGUUAUUUAUGUGUAUAUGUAUAUACAAGCUCACAGUUGUCAUGUACAUCUCAGAAGUAAUUGUGAUGAAAUUAUUGGUGUGUUGAUGUCAUUGUGUCUUUUAGAAUCUAUUUGUAUUAUGAAAUUGUUUGUGAUGAGUCAGAUCUACAUGGAAUAUCUUUCAGGCAUUUUACUUUCCCCAAAACAAAAUAUGUUUAGAACAGUCAAAUUCGGAAGUUUUCAAAAAAUGUUGCCACUGAUUUAUAUGCUGAGAGAUGUGUGUGUGUGUGUGUAUGUAUGUAUGUAUGUAUAUAUAUAUA